UGGGACACGGGAACGCGCACUCUGUCUCCGUGCAAGGCAGAUCUCACCGUAAGCUUACCUGCGCACUCGAUAUUGAAAGGAGUACGGCGGUCCUCAGAACCGAGAGAGCAGUUCAAAAUGGAUAGAGUUUUAGGACUUGCCUUCCUGUCGAGUAUCUUAUGCAUGGAAUCUGUUUGGGGAAAAUACGUCAGGGGUAUCGUCAAUACCAAAGAGGACUGGGUGUUUCUGACAAGGUUUUGCUUCCUCACCGAUUUUGGCCGACUGGACUUUAACUUCAGAUACCCCAAGUCACACUGCUGUCAGAACAUAUUGCUCUACUUUGAUGAAAGCUCGCAGUGGCCAGCUGUGUACAAGAGGCCGGAUAAGGACUGCUAUCAGAAAGAGGCAGUUCUUAGACCUGAAAACAACCAAGUCAUUAACCUCACCACCCGCUACACCUGGUCUGGAUGUGUGGUGGAAGGAGAGGGAGAGGAAGAAAUGCUGAACUGUGUGGGAGGACGUAGUUUUCGUUCUGUCAGAGAGAGAUGGUGGUACAUUGCCCUCAGCAAAUGUGGUGGCGGGGGGCUGCAGUUGGAGUAUGAAAUGAAACUGACGAAUGGGCAGUCUUUCUGGACACAACAUUUCUCUGCAGAUGAGUUUGGAAUUUUGGAAACAGACAUCACUUUCUUGGUUAUAUUUGCCACAGUGUUCACUCUCUCCUGCUACUUUGCAUAUCAUCUGAAAGGAAGACAAUUGCUCCAUACAACCUAUAAGAUGUUCAUGACUGCAACUGGUGUAGAGGUUCUCAGUCUGCUCUUCUUCUGUAUCUACUGGGGCCUCUAUGCCAGAGAUGGCCUAGGGAACGGAAGUCUGAAAAUACUCGGGAAAUUGCUCUUCUCUGUUAGCUUCCUGAUCUUUCUUCUGAUGUUGAUUCUCUUGGGAAAGGGCUUCACUGUCACACGGGCAAGAAUAAGUCAUAGUGGCUCUGUCAAACUGUCCAUCUACAUGACUGUCUACACAAUUACCUACAUUAUCCUGUUCAUCUAUGAAGCUGAGUUCUUUGACCCAGGUGAGGUGCUGUAUGCUUACGACAGUCCUGCUGGCUAUGGGUUAAUGGCUCUACAGCUGCUGGCUUACGUAUGGUUCUGCUAUGCAGUGUUGGUGUCUCUUAAGCAUUUCCCAGAAAAACAGCCAUUCUACAUUCCCUUCUUUGCUGCAUAUACUCUCUGGUUUUUUGCUGUGCCAGUCAUGGCUCUCAUUGCCAACUUUGGUAUCUCUCGCUGGGCCAGAGAGAAGAUAGUGAAUGGCAUUCAGCUUGGCAUUCACCUCUAUGCUCACAUUGUCUUUCUGGCCAUCACCCGUCCAUCAGCAGCCAACAAGAACUUCCCAUACCAUGUGCGAACAUCUCAGAUCGGCAUCCUGCUUUCCAGCCCUAAAGGAAUGGGCAACGAGAACUUCCCACACCAUGCCUACGGAAAUACCUCCUUCCUGGGAGACUCCCAACCAAACUUCACGGAAUUAUUCUCCAUCCACUCAGAGAGUAGAUGGAACAUGCAGAUACAUCAGGUACAGCUGGAGGACCCAUGGUGGUCAGGCUGGUCUGUAGGCCUGAACUCUCCUUCAGGAUCAGCAUCUCAAGAGACAAGAGGGGCAUACAGCUCAGCAGAGCAAAGAAACACGGAGAUGGCUCCUGUGAAAACCAUGGAUGAGUCAGUGGGAUGGAAGGGACAGCAGAAAGUGGCUCGGAACAGUGAGCAAAAGAUCAUCACCACGACAACGGACUUCUCAUCUACAUUUACUCCGCCCCCUCCUCCUGUACCUCCACGCAACUCCACCCUCUCGCCACCCCCUCCCAGACUAGCGUCCCACUUCACAGAGUAUUUCAGCAUGCAGGGUGAAGGAGGCAUGAGCUCUGUAGCACAGUGAAGGAAACAAGGGGUGCUGAGAUUUUGAAGACCGACAACUUGAGAGCAUCCUGCUCUGGUUUUGAACAUUACGUUUCAGGUUUGAAACCAACAAACACUCCUUGCAGUGAAAGCUUGCAGCAGGAUUAGCCACAGAGGAACUUGUAAUGGGAUGAGAAGGAAAGCUGAGAUCACACAUGAAUUUUAAAAAAGCAAUAAAAAUUUCAGCCAGAUGAAGGAGAUUUUUGGGAAGACAUUUUGGAUGUAGGUAGCACAGUAUAACAAUGGAUGGUAACUCAUACAGCAUUUUAAAUACUGAGAUUUUUGUCAAAACACAGAAGUAUAAAUAAUAGUCAAGAGCAUUCAGAGUGUGCUAGCAAUUUUUUUAAAGCUUUUGUUGCUCUUGUUUGUUUACAUAUUGCUUAUUUUCUAAGUGGUGCUGCUACCAACAUUUGAACUGUAAUGCCAUUUUUUUAACUAGAGCAGAAUAUUUAUCUCCCUAAAGGGAUACUGAUAUGAUUUAGGCAAAUAAUCUCAUGUUUCAGUUGUUUGUUGUGCCUGAAGGACACAAAUGUUUUUGGGUUUUUUUUGUUUUGUUUUUCACGAAAAGCUGACUGUAGCAGAGUAACUGAAGUUUAAAACCCCAGAGAAUAUUUGCUUCCACAGUUUGCGAUCCUCCAUAGCCAAACCCUUGGAUUAACCAUAAGAAAGAAAUGGCAGAAGGCAAGAUUACCUUAAUGCAACAAGUUUAAUGUAACAAUCCAAAAAACAGUCCAAAAGACAGAUUUUUUGUGUCUGGUUUGGAAUUUUAAUUUCUUUCAUGAAUGCAUUCAUUGCACGUUAGUCAAAUGAAACAUGAGAUCAUUUAUCAGAAUGGUAGAGCUGUCCUUUAACUGAGAUUACAGCACAUUUUUGUGUUUUACAUCAAAUUUUGAUAUAUAAAAAAGUUGUAUCCUAUCUAUAUUGUUUAAAGAAUACAAGGUUUAUAUUUUUAUUCACAUUGAAUGCACUUGGGAGAUAUAGACAUGUGCAAUGGCAAGUUAAGUGUGGACACCAAGGCAGUAUUUGUAAACCGUGCAUGUCUGCGCUGUGUCUUCAUAUUGUCUUGAGUGUAAACAGUUGUUUUGCCCAGUUUUAAGCGCUAGUGGUCUAAUUUUAGACAGUACACAUUAUGUAGUUUUAAAGAGAAAAUCUAGUUUAUGAGUGAGACAUUCUAAUGCAGCCAUUUUCCCCCAACACUCCCUGCAGUAGGAGUCUCAGUACUGUCUGGUCACUGCAGUAGGAUUCUCAGUACUGUCUGGUCACUGCAGUAGGAGUCUCAGUACUGUCUGGUCACUGCAGUAGGAGUCUCAGUACUGUCUGGUCACUGCAGUAGGAGUCUCAGUAUUGUCUGGUCAUCGCAGUAGGAGUCUCAGUACUGCCGGUUCACUUUACAACCCCACUGCACUUUUUUUGUGCUUGUUUCUCAGUUCAAAUUCUGUUAUGUUGAACAAAUUAAGUUGCAUUCAUUUGUAAGUAUACAUAGGAUGUUUCAUAUUUGUUUGCAUUCUGAAGCAAACAUUUAGCAGAAUUUUACCUCAGUAAGUAGAUUAAAGGCUGAUUUGAAGACGAUCCAUGUAAGACAGUACAUAAUGCAAAUUGGGAAUCACAGGCUUAUAGAGGCUUACACUUUGUGGACAUGGCUAUCAAGUGAGAAUGCAUAUGCAUUGCUUCAUUAUGUAACCAUGAAGGGACUGUUCUAACACAACCCCAGUGCAGCACACCAGUGCUUAUCUGCAUGUUUUAGUCUUAAAAUGUUUUCUCCAAAACAAGAUGUUUGGUAGAUGUUAUCAGCAUAUCCUGAGGCAGAUUGGUACAUGAUGUGUAGGUAGUAAAGAUUAUAUCCAGAUAUUUUUAAAUCAUACUUCAUUUACAAUAUUAGAUACAAACAGUUCCAAAUGUUUGUUUCCUAAACUGUUGUAUAACUUUCUUGACAGAGAGCCCAAAUAGCAAGCCAUUUGUUCAGUUCUGGAAGAUUGUGGGCAUGUAUAAGUAUUCAUAUUCUGUGGUAAUUUUAGGCUCAUGAAGACUAAUAAAGGACGAUUUGAGCUGGACCACACUUAACUGAGUGCUCCAUAUUGAGCUCAAACAUAAAUGCUUAUGUCCUAUUGGGGCAGCUGCAUUUUAAAUGGCUUAGGUGCAUAGGUACGAUAUAUAAAAAUAUACAUCACAUUUUAUAGCAAUAUAAACAUUUCCUACAUACUCAAAAUAUGAUAAGGUCCUAAUAUCUUUAAGGCUGUAAUUAGUAUGUUUUAUAGACUAAAUCAUGUGUAUUAGGCAAUGUUACAUUAUUCAUUCUUUGUGCCAUUAAAUGCUGAUUAUCUGAGAUAAAUAAAAUAGAAUAAAUUUAGUUCCUGGAUGAUAUAUAAAGAAUUAUGGUCUUCUUAAAAUCUGUUGUGACACUACUGAUCAAAGAUGGCAGUGCCUAUAUCUUUAUAUACCAUAAAUGUGUGCUCUUGGCCUCACAGUUCUGCAAGUGGCCUGAAUUGCCCAGUUCUUAAAUACAAGGUUUAUGUACCAAUAGAUUUUAAAACUUUGAAAACAAAGCAGAUGCAUUUUUGAUGAGCACAACAGAUUCAGUAAAGAGCACAAUUGUUGCACUGUUUAAAACAAAUACAUUUGAGUAGUGUUCAUUAGAUUACUUUAAUCUGCUAUAUAUACUGUUUUGCCAAAUUAAAUUAGUCUGGUUUAAUAACUUGGCUCAUUGGUUCUAAUGGCUUUACCAUAUUGAUGACUAGAUGGUUGUUUGCCCACAGAUCUGUACUUUUCUCUGCAUUCUGUGUGCUUCUCUAUAACUUGCCAGUCUCAAAAUUAUGGCAUUCCAUAUAAUGUGCAUUUCUAUUUAACAGAUUCCACCUUCCUUCAGCAAUACAGCUAUAUUUUAAACCUGGGGGUGAUAACUGAGUACUGAAGUAACACAUGUGACAACCCACAUAAGGCAAGCUGUUUCAUGCCCAGCUAUCUGACCAACAUGACCCCAAGCUUCCCAUCAUAUGAGCCUGACAAUAGGCUACACCCAUACACCCUUAUCUACUAUUAUUUAACAUUGAUAAUCAUGUUUAGAAUUGAAUUAAGGUGUGGGUUUGACCUAGUCUGCGUUUGAAACAAAAACACCACCAUACCACUCAGUUUUAUUUUCCUGCGCUUUACAACACAAUACUGUUCAGGUGCAACAUGGUGAGCUCAAAAUAAAUUUCAUAGUUCUUGGAAGUAAAGUUGAAAUUUAUAAGCAUUGAAAGAGUUACAAAAUAUUUGUAAAGACUUGGAUCCCCAUGAGUUCUGUUACACAAAUAUUUUACAGAUGGAAAUAAACUACUUACUGAAGCCUGGCAACAACUGAAGUGGCACAUU